AUGGACCGGUUUGUGGCCGAGACUGACGCUUACCGCCAACAUUCUGUGCAGGACCUCCUCAGCCUCCAGGGCAAGACGGCAGUCAUCACAGGGGGUGCUCGCGGACUCGGGUUGGCCAUCGCUCGUGGCUGUGCAGAACUGGGAGCCAACGUUGCUGCCCUCGAUGUGCUGAAGGAGCCCUCUGCAGAAUUCUCAAACUUGACCAGCGACCUCGAUGUGACGGCCAAGUACUACAGUGUGGAUGUUACGGACGAUCACGCCCUGCGAGCGACGUUCGAAGCCAUCGCCGCCGAAUUUGGGAGCAUCGACUGUCUGGUCACGGCAGCAGGGGUCGGGCAGGGAGGCCCUCUUGUCGACUACGAAAAGUCGGUUAUUGACAGGAUCAUUUCUAUCAAUGUUACGGGAACGAUCCUCAGUUCUCAGUUGGCGGUUCGGCAGAUGAUGAAGCAGGGCGGUGGUGGCGCGAUAGUGCACGUGUCGUCAAUAGGUGGCCACGCAGGUAUCCCAGGGCAGACCAACUCCAUCUACUGCGCGUCAAAGGGCGCCAUACUGGCCUUUACAAAGUCGUUGGCCGUCGAGCUCGCCGAGAGUAACAUUCGAGUGAACAGCAUCAGUCCCGGGUUCUUCUUGACGAGCAUGACGCCGGGCUACCUCAAGCAGGACCUUGCGCUCUUGGAAAAGUUUGAGAAGUCGAUGCCCAUGAAGAGAUUCGCAGAUAGGUCUGAGUUGAAGAGCACAGUCGCGUUUUUGUUGAGUCCCGGGAGUUCAUACAUUACCGGACAGGACAUAGCGGUGGAUGGCGGGAUAUUGGCGUGGUAG